GAUGAGGUCAACGUCGACGAGUUCAUCAGGAGCGGUGACUUGCCCUGCGUGACUUCACCGGACUCGAGUCCUUAUCGACUUCGCUUCUUCUGCUUAUUCUAUUCUACCGCCUUGCUCUCGCGGUAAUGCCUCGAGUUGUCCUCGUGCCCUCCUCUCUCUCCCACUCCCACUCCUCAUCUGCCGUCUCCUCCACUGCACCGCUACCCCCCGCCGCAGCGCAGAUGCCGCCCAAGGUGGUCGCCGUCGCCGCCGGCGAGGCCCACACGCUCGCCCUCUCCGGUGACGGGGAGGUGUACUCAUGGGGCCGGGGCAUGUUCGGCCGCCUUGGGACCGGGCGCGAGGCCGACGAGCACGUGCCCACCGCGGUCGCCGGCGGCGGGAGUCCACGGCCCAGGUUCGUCGCCGUCGCCGCCGGUGCCUACCACAGCCUUGCGCUGGACGAUGAAGGUUCGCUCUGGUCAUGGGGUUACAACAUCUAUGGUCAGCUUGGCUAUGGGGAAGAGAAUUCUCCUUUUCCAUGUUUGGUUGAACGUUUUCAAGAUUUGGGAUCACCCGAAACACUGCAGGCUGAAGCACAGAACAGUGGCACACAGUCCUCAUUGAAGUUGUCUUCUGUCAAAGCUGGGGGCAUGAUGUCAUUUGCCAUAGACACUCUGGGGGCUAUGUGGAUGUGGGGAAAUUGCCCACAGCAGACGGAUGCUGGAGAAUUUUGUAUAGCAGCUAGCUCUGUCCCACUACCUGUGUGGGAUUUCCAUGGUCACACUGUAGUUAAGGUUGCCUGUGGUAAUGAGCAUGUCGUAGCUGCAGUCAGUGCUGGAGAGACCUAUACAGGAUGUGACCUUGUUUGUUAUGCCUGGGGCAAUAACAACCAUGGCCAGUUGGGUCUAGGUGACAAGGAAAGUAGAUCCCGUCCUGUGCUUAUCUCAGGAUUUGGCGAAGGAUCUUCUUGGGAUGUGUAUGAAAUCGCCUGCGGGGCUUGGCACACUGCUGUUCUCACCAAUAAAAAGUCUUUUGACGUGGAUCUUGAAUCUCGGUGCUGGACAUUUGGCCUUGGUGAUAAUGGGCAGCUUGGCCAUGGGACCACUGCCACCAUUUGCUCUCCACAGCCUGUUGAUGGCUUGCCAACUGGUUCCUUCCUUAUUUCUCUUGAUUGUGGAUUGUUCCAUACAACUGUAGUUUCCUCUGAUGGAGAGGUUUGGUGCUGGGGAAUGGAGAGAGGUCUUGGAUUAUGUCCUGAUGCUAGCUUUUCAGGAGUUGAUUCAGGGGAUGCUCUGCGUCCGAUAAGAGUUCAGUCUCCUGAGACAAAUGGGUUCAAGUUUCUUGGUCCAGUGCAGGUCACCUGUGGAGCUGCUCACACUGUUCUUGUUGCUGGUGAUGGGUAUAGGAUGUGGGCUUGGGGCAGAGGCCGCAGUGGCGUGCUUGGGAGAAACCAGACUGCUGACAGUUACAUACCAUGUGUCGUGAUGUGGCCUCCUCUUGAUGAGAACUUCCAAGAAAUUCGUGAGGAUAGAGCACAGGCAUCAACAUCGGGAGUGAAUGACCAGAAUAGCGCUGAGUUGGAACAAAAGCUAUCUGCUGCCUCAGAAGAGCUGCAGUUUCUUCGGUCAAAACUGACACUCAUGGAGAGAUAUGCUAACAUACUUCACAUUUCAAUAUUUCGCAAACCUCUAGAUGAACGAACACUUCCGCGUUCCCUUCAAGAAUCUCCUGUCUUUGAUAUCAGAAAGGAAUUUGAGAACAUCUUGGAUACAGCGGAUACUGAUGAACUCAAUCGCCUGGAGAUCUUCUACCGCAGCAUGCUUUCUGGUGUGAAGGAUAAGCUUUUGAAGAGAAGAGUCCAGGAAAUGGUCCAGGAGUGCAUUGUUUCGCUCUCUGCAGGGAGACAAACCCCAUGAGGUCAGUGAACUAGAUGAUUAAUUGCCAAACUGUAAUUUCUAUCGCAUUACCUGCAUCAAAAUUGUAAUAAGCAUUUAUGCUGGCAACCUGUUGUGGUUAAAUUAUAGUGCGAAAAAAAUGUAAGGGCUCCUUUGGAACACAGGGUUUCAAAAAUACAAGAAUAGGAAGAACGCAGGAAUAGGAUGUCA